CGAACCAACCAACAAAUAACAAUCCUCAACAAACAAAAGCUGCUUUUACUAUAAAGACCUAUUUGUCUCUGUGUCACUCAUUUCCAACACCCACACACACACACACACACAAACACUUCGUGGUUUCCGUCCUCUGUUCUCUUCUUCCUCCUCCAACUUCAGAUCUCUCCAAUGGCCUCCAUUGCUGGAACCUCCUUCUCCAUCUCCUCACUCAACCAAACACUGGUACCUGGUACCAGGAUCUCUAACCCACGUUCCCUUUCCCUAUCGAUUAAGGGGAAGAAGUUUCCAUCUAUUACGUUGCAGCCUAGAGUACCUCGGUUUCAAAUUACUUGUGCAGCCAAACCAGAAACAGUUCAGAAGGUGUGCGACAUAGUCAGGAAACAAUUGGCAAUACCAACUGAAAACCCCGUCACUGGAGAGUCCAAAUUUUCUGCACUUGGAGCUGAUUCUCUUGACACAGUUGAGAUUGUGAUGGGACUCGAGGAGGCAUUUGGCAUUAGCGUGGAAGAAGAAAGCGCCCAGAGCAUUACCACUGUGCAAGAAGCAGCAGAGAUGAUUGAUCAGCUUCUUGAAAGCAACAGUGCUUAAACAAGGGAAGAGAACAUACAUACGAGUCAUGACAUUUUAGUUGUUUUGGUGAAAGGGGAUUAUAAUUUUAUCUUUGGUAUUUCAGUUUGAUUGCUCUUCAAGUAACUGCUAAAUCAUUUAUGAACUCCCCUAGGACUGCUGUAAUCUAGUUUUAUUUAUAUACAACUCACGACUCUUUCUUUUACUGUUAAAUCAAAUAGUGAAAUUUGUUUUUCUAAUUUUGUGUUUCCUUUGCUGAGACUUCAGUGUUAUUUUCACUCUCCCAAUUCCAAGGGGAUUGUAAUUCAAUUGACACUACUAGCACAAAGCUUUUAAGAUUAAGAGUAGUGUAUGAUGAUGUGGAAGUUUUAGUCUUCUACAAUGUCAUGUGUCUCCUUUUCUCAGUGUGAUAUUCUUGUAUGCUCAAGCAUAUC